CCGCCCUCCCCCGCCUGCCUCCCGCCUAACCCUCGAUCGCUCCCCCCCUUCCCCCGCCGAGGCGAAGCUGGAGCCGCAGGAGAUCCGCCGGGCACAGGGAGGGGACAGGGAUGGGUUGUUUUCUCUCCCCCGCCCGCCCCGAGACCUGAGGAGAUGCAGCCCAAGUUCGCCGCGAUGACUCUGCUGCUGGCACCGGGGUUUCUCCGCGGCAUCGCAGCCUCCGGACCGCCUGAAUCCUGCUCCCUCUGAAUCGUCGGCGCCGGGUUAAAGCUCAGUUCUCAUGUUGUGGUUGCUGGGCUGCCGCGCUCCCGUUUUGCGAUGGGAGGUGGAGGAAAAGGGAUUGUCCGUGAGUCAACGCCGAAAACGUGAUUAGGAUGAACUGCUUUCACUAAUCUGUUUCUAACCUUUCAGUCCAUGUUGGCCUGUGACCCCUCUCAGCUUUCACAUCCAGCCUGAUCAGACCACACUGGUCUCCCUAUGGAAGCAGCUGUUUGUAUCUGGCUUUGAGGUCCCAUGGAGAAGCUGAGGAGGGGGAUGGCUCUUCAUAUCCAUGAAGCCUGGAUACUUCUGUUUGUGCUGCCUGGUUUGGUCACUCCAGCUGCCAUCAAUCAUGAAGACUACCCCGCUGAUGAAGGGGACCAGACCUCCAGUAAUGACAAUCUGAUCUUUGAUGAUUACCGGGGGAAGGGCUGUGUGGAUGACAGUGGCUUUGUGUACAAAUUGGGAGAACGUUUUUUCCCAGGACAUUCCAACUGUCCCUGUGUCUGUACUGAGGAUGGACCUGUUUGUGAUCAACCAGAAUGCCCUAAAAUCCACCCAAAGUGCACAAAAGUGGAACACAAUGGAUGCUGUCCAGAAUGCAAAGAAGUGAAAAACUUUUGUGAAUAUCAUGGGAAAAAUUACAAAAUCUUGGAGGAAUUUAAGCCCUCGCCAUGCGAAUGGUGUCGCUGCGAGCCCAGCAAUGAAGUUCACUGUGUUGUAGCAGACUGCGCAGUCCCCGAGUGUGUCAACCCGGUCUAUGAACCAGAGCAGUGUUGUCCUGUCUGCAAAAAUGGUCCCAACUGCUUUGCGGGCACCACGAUCAUCCCCGCGGGCAUCGAGGUGAAGGUGGACGACUGCAACAUCUGCCACUGCCACAACGGGGACUGGUGGAAGCCAGCGCAGUGCUCCAAGCGCGAGUGCCAGGGCAAGCAGGCUCUGUAGCGGCCCCUGGCCAACAGCCCGCUCACGGUGAUGGUGAUGAUGGCGAUGAUGAAGGAACGGCCUCAAUGCUGCCCAGUGUCCGACCUCCUGCCAGCUGCAGCAGGGUCCCCAGCAGGCCCUGCGCGGGUGCCACGUGAGCAGAGCUCGGUGCCUGUGGGCAGGGUGUCCCCGUGCCCCCUGCAGCUCCUGUCCCGCUGUUCACGCUCUGCUCCCGGUGUCCAGGUGUCUGCUUUGCUGUGGGAGUCACCGGAGGAGGACAGCAGGAAAACAGCCCACGCACAUUCCUGGCCUGGCGAUGCCUCCGAGGCACCGAUGGAUUCACUGCUCUCACUUUCUACAGCGUGGAUCGUGGGGUUUUUCACAGUUAUUUAUUUGAAGGUUUUUUGCUAUUGUGUUUUUUUUUUUUUUUAAGUCUCUUCCUAAGCUGGGAUCAUCGGGACAGUACAGCUACGAGUGGAGCAAUAGAUGGAGCAUUUGUAUUGUGUCUGUAAGCGCAGGUGGCACUAAGGACAGGAGGGAGGUAGAAAUUACAAGGAAUGGGGGGGUUUAAAAAAAUCCCAGCUGGAAUGUAACCUGCAGCAGGACCGAGGUAGAUACACAAGUAUAGACUGCACAGCCACAACACAAAGCUGUAUCUGUGUUACACCUUCUCCACUGAGUGGGGACAAUAAAGUUGAAGACACCUACACAGUCAAUGUGACCUUGAUGGGAGCAGGGCCCACAGCUGCUGCAUGGGCAGGCUGGGGCAGCCAACCAGAAGGUGCUCCGUGAGAGCAACAUCUUACCUGGCUUGUCUGUGUGUGAUUCCUAGCUGGGGCAUUAGUGGUGGAGCAGAGGGAAGAGGGCCCAACCUGAUUCCUGGGCUGAGCACUUGCUCACCUGCCUUGUCCCAUCCCAAGGCUGCUCUCACUGGAGCCAAGGGCAGUGUUUCAUUGCCUUCAGCGACAGCAGGUCACUAUUAAAAUACGGGAUCACCCCACUGCGGAGGUUUCCAGGAAUGUCCUAUGGCUGUGGGAGCACUAAACUGGCUCAGCUGGCAGGUAAGACCCUUUGCUGCAGUGGGAGGGAGCUGCCCUGGCUCUCCAUGGGAGCACCCACACUGCCAAGGACAAAGCAAGCCAUGGUGCAGCAGGGCUGGGCUGGGCUCCUGUGAGGGCUGUCUCUCGAAAGCAGCUGCUCUCUGUGCCUGCCUGCCAGGAGCAGAGGUCCCGGCAGCCGAGGGUCCCCAUCAGGCUUUCCAGCACUGGUACCUCCUGCCUUCUCAGGCUGCAGCUUCCAGGCCAUACUGUGAAAGAAAAGCCACCAAUGUCAUCUCCCUGCCUGCCUGGCCAGGCGAGCACAGGGGCCUUUCCCAUCUCUGCCCACACUUGGUUCCCUGCUGUUUGGUCAGUCCAUGGGGGUGGUGGUGCUCAUUUUGUUCAGAGUUCGGGCUCCAGUCCAGCACCUGCUCUCCAGUGACAGCAGCGAAUCCUCUCCACAGCAUCCUCACCGAAGCAGAUCAGCACAUCAGGCUCAGUUUAUACACACUAAUGCCUUUAUACUUUCAUUUCUUCCCCAUUUUGGUGUUUUCCUGGAGGGCAGGGGUGGGAGGAGCACUUGGCACAGCAGCUGCUGUCUGUGGCUGAGCACUGGCUCCCUGCAGGCCGAGCUGGUUCCGUUCGAGACGUCAUCGCCACAUUUCUUUGUAAGCUGUUGCCUGUCAGUGACUAUCCAGUUUCAAAACUUUCAAACAAUAGUGUGCCUGAAACUAGUGAGAAAAAAAAAAUCUGUACAAAUGGGAGGGAGGGGUCCUAGAAACAAUAUUUGAUGUGUAAAAGACUAUAUUAUUAAAAAAUUAUUUUGUUAAAUAUAAAGUGUGUG